CUGCUCUUCUCCACAGAUCAACUCCCAGCAGUCCACACGCACGGCUGCUAUCAUGGGGACGAGCUGAACCGAACCGCAAACGGCUCGAGUCUUUACUUUAAAACAAAAACAACUGUCCGCGUGCUUCUUGUUGUUGGAAGCAACGGUUAGCUCGCGCAUGAGAGAGAGCGAGAGAGAGGCAGCUAACGGUUACCUGAGUACCUGCAGUGGGGGGGUUUCAAUCGACGGUUCCAGCUCCGACAGAGACCCAGCUGUGGGGCGCAGAGACCUGGACAAAGUUUCCAGAACUUCAGCGGCUAUAAACGAUGCGGCUGACCCAGAAAAAGCCGCUCACGUCGGCUGCCCUGCUGCUAAUAGUCCUGGCGGUCCGCAGCUCGCGCAGCUUUUUAAUGUCUGCCGAAGAGGCGAACCAGUUUCUGAGCAGACACCGGAGGGCGAACCAAGUUUUCGAGGAGACGAAGCAAGGACACUUGGAGAGGGAGUGCGUGGAGGAGAGGUGCAGUAAGGAGGAGGCCAGGGAGGUGUUUGAAAACGACCCAGAAACGGACUACUUCUAUCCCAAGUACAUGGCCUGUGUGGAGAAGUUUGGGGAUUCAGAAAAGAAAAAACAGGAUCUGGUCACGUGUGUCCACAAUAUUCCAGACCAGUGCUCUCCUUCUCCCUGUAAUCCCAGAGGUACGGUGCGCUGCGAGGACAAAAAGGGCGACUUCCUCUGUCAUUGCUUUACAGGCUGGACCGAAGCCACGUGUGAGAAAGAUGUGGACGAGUGCGUUGAGAAGAACAACGGAGGUUGUGACCACAUGUGCAACAACACUGUAGGAAGCUACCACUGCUUCUGUCACGAAGGCUACGCGCUGGUCGGGCGCCACACGUGUAACGAUAUCAACGAGUGUGAGGAUCCGAGCGUGUGUGGAUCGGCCCGAUGUGAGAAUAAUGUGGGAGGCUUUGAUUGUCUGUGUGAUCAAGGAUACGUCUUCGACAACGAAAGCAACAGCUGUGUUGACGUAGACGAAUGUGAGACGGGUGUUUGUGAAGAUGAGUGUCUGAACACUCCGGGGAGUUUCCGUUGUUUCUGCGACGGUCGUCGGGGGCUGAAGCUGAGAGAGGACCUGAGGAGCUGUAAGCCUAUAACUGCCUGCAUGUCGCCACCCCUGAAGAGGAACCCCCGCUCUCUUUUUCUGGGUCGCAUGUUCAGCGCCGCGCCGGUGGUGCGCCUGCGUUUUCGCCGCAGGGUUCACACGGGCUUCUCAGCAGAAUUCGACUUCCGCACCUACGAUCAGGAGGGAGUGAUCUUCUUCGCAGGGGGUCACCUGGACAGCUCCUGGAUCGUGCUGGCAAUGCAUCAUGGGAAGCUGGAGCUGCAGCUGAAGUACGGCACAGUGAGCAGAGUCACCAGCAGCGGGCCUGUCGUCAGCGACGGCCAGUGGAGGAAGAUCUCGGUGGAAGAGCAAGGUCGGAGUCUGGUGAUAAAGAUCGACAGGGAGGCUGUCAUGAAGAUUGCCGUGAACGGCGAUUUGUUCACGCUGAAGAAAGGCAUGCACGAGCUCAACCUCACCGUGGGAGGAGUCCCUUUCAGAGAGGAUGGCCUCGUCAAUCAGAUAAACCCUCGUCUGGACGGCUGCAUGAAGGAGUGGCGCUGGCUGUCGGGUGAAGACAACUCGAUACAAGAAACCAUUCGGUCCAACGACAACAUGCAGUGCUUCAGCUCCGAGGAUCCUGGAGCUUUUUACUCCGGAACCGGCUUUGCUCUCUUCAACAUCACCUAUGAACCAAAGAACCUGAGCGUCCAGGUGACCUUACGGCCCGUUUCUGCCAUCGGGGUCCUGUUUGCACUCGUUUACCAGGACGGAGUGCCUCUCUCCAUCGCUCUCUCCGACUACAACCCCAGCACAGACGAGUGGAGAGACGCUCUUCUGGUUUCUGUGGGUAACGUUGUUGCUGCCAGCUUUCCUGCGCCUUUUUGUGACGGUAAGAGCCAUGAGGUCCAGGUGACCGUCUCAGGCAACCAGAUCCUUCUACUGGUCGAUGGCCAGUUUGGACGAAGUGAAAACACAGAAGUUCCUACUGAGCUCUUCUCACAGUCCUCCACGUAUAUAGGAGGCCUUCCAGAUGUUUCCCUGGUGUCCACGCUCGUGUCGGCGCCCUACAGCGGCUGCUUGGAGGUCAGUGUGAACGGAAAGCCUCUGGAUCUGGACAAGGCGGACCACAAACACAACGACAUUCGGUCCCACUCCUGCCCCCUGCUGGCCUCUUACCACUGACCGGUCCAGAUCUUUGAGGCAGGGGGGAUGAUGUCCACUAAAUUCCUUAAAGCUCUGACUGGUGGGGAGAUUUCAAUAUAAUCUUUAAAAAAAAACAGUCUGGUGCAGCAGAAUCACCUCCCUCUUUCCUGAUACUGUGACGAGAUCCGGUCCAGCCCAGAGGUGUCUGCUUCGAUGUUCACAGUUUUUACUCGGUGUUAGCAGACAUGGCAAUAUACGUCACAUAGCAUUGCUUCAAACUGCCCUCCAGAACUCACAGGGUCUUAUCUGAUUU